AUGGAUCCCACACCCUCGAUGCCUCUCUUCGGGCCGGAAGAGCAAAACGGCGAGGCCAUGGAGCCCCUCAAGAAGCCAGCCGUCCACUUCUUCCAAGCAUCCCGCUCGUACAACGGCUGCAUUCAGCGAGACAAGAUUGAGUAUCACUCGGAUGAGGGUGUCUAUAGCGUCUCCCCCCUUUCGGGAGCGCAACCGGCAAACCGUGAGGAGCGUGAGUCUCCCGACAGCGACCGACCGGAGCCGCCACUGGUGCUCGAGGCCGGAACUCCCCAUGUGAUGGUGGACCCGGACAGAGACCUGAUCUGCUGCUCCAGCUUCGGCGAUGACUGGUACCCAAACGAUACCUUCUCGGGCGGCAACGCGUCCAGGCAGGGACCGCUGGCGGACCUCGCGCGACGCCUCGGCCUCGGCCUGCCGCCGCUCACCCGGGCAGGGUACGUCUUCGAUUGCGAGGACUGCAAGGAUCCCGUGAACGAAACCCACGACGACCUUGAGUGGAGGGCUCAUCCCCCUCACUACUGUUCGGUAUGCGUGGGAGACUGGGUGACCUACUUCCCCAACCUCGAGCAGGUCUUCCUCAUCGUGCCCGGCCUGGACAAGGCCGAGCCCGGUGACGAGGUCCUCGUGUACCGAUUCGGAGACAAGGAAAUCGUCGAGGACAUCCUCAAAGCCACGAAAUACACCUCUAGGGAUGAUUGCUUCCCUACGGACAAGGAAGACAAGGCAGACACCAAUUUGCGCGGUGUUGAGACAACUGAGGAUAUUGGAAGUGACGGCCCUUCACGCUGUUUCGAGGGCAACGGCAUCACACUAUACGAGGCUUGUGCGUCGGAUUUCGGCGAGAGCCUUUCUCCACUCUCCCACCAUUCGUUUCUAAAGACCCUGUUCAAGGGGUUUUGCGCGUCGCGCAGGUGUGUUAGUGAACAAGGAGAAGGCAUUUUCGACUACGAGUGGGGCCUGGAGGGCUUUCCGGCAUGCCCUCCUCGCGGAACCACGAAGAUCGCGGGCGGAGUCAUUGAAUUUCGGGUCUUGUCAUGUCAGCUGCAAGGGCGGCAAGAGUAG